ACCGAUACCAAAGGGUUUCCAACUACAUCUCCACCAUGAAGUUUCUGAUCGUUCUGACCGCCGUUUUGGCCUUCACUGCUGCCGAGCUGCAGCUAUCGGAUGAACAGAAGGCGGUGGCCCAGGCCAAUGGAGCUCUUUAUCAGCAGGAGGGAAUCACCAAGGAGCAGGCCGUUGCCCUAAAGGCAGGAGACUUUGCGGACACCGAUCCCAAGGUAAAGUGCUUCGCUAACUGUUUCCUGGAGAAGACCGGAUUCCUGAUCGAUGGGCAGGUGCAGCCCGCUGUUGUUCUGGCCAAGUUGGGCCCUCUGGGCGGAGAGGACACUGUGAAGGCAGUUCAAGCCAAGUGCGAUGGUAUUAAGGGGUCGGAUAAGUGCGAUACCGCCUAUCAGCUAUUCCAGUGCUACCACAAUAACCGCGCCCAAAUCUAAGCCCACAACUGGCGAAUUUUUUAUUAUAUGUGAUAAUCUGUCUGUGAACUUGUUAUUUAGUUUGUCAAAACCAAGUACACAUAUCCAAUGUUAAUCCUUAUAGAAGCAUCUGCCUUCAGCAAAAUUUUUGUAUAAAUAUUAAAUUGUAUUUUUGCCAAUAAUGGUGUGUUGAGAAAUUAGUAUGUGGCUUAAUCUUA